AUGGCAAGCAGGCGGCGCCUCAGUCUCCUCCUCCGCCGCCGGCGCGGCCAUCUCUCAACCUGUAACCCGCCGAGAUCCCACCUUUCCACCAACGCCGGCCGGGGACCGGCCGAGCCCGCUGACCCGGCCCGCGCGGCGUCGAUCCUGGCCGAGAAGGACUGGUUCCGGCGGCUCAACACGGAGUUCGCCGCCGCCUUGCCGCGCCUAGGCCCGCGCUUCGUGGUCCGCGUGCUGCACGCCGCCGUGCCCCUCGAGCCCCUCCUCUGCGUCCGCCUCUACGUCUGGGCGGCGCGGUUCGGGACGCACUUCGCGCGGGACGCCUCGGUGCGGCGCGCCCUGGAGGACGCCCUGUGGCGGCGCGGCCCGGUGGUGCUGUCCGCGGCGCUGGUGGCGGAGGUCAGGGGAUGCGGCUGCGAGGUCUCCGAGGAGCUGCUCUGCACCCUGAUUGCCAGCUGGGGCAGGCUGGGCCUGGCGCAGUACGCGCACGAGGUGUUCGUGCAAAUGCCGCGCCUCGGGCUGAGGCCCAGCACCGCGGUGUACAACGCGCUCAUCGCGGCGUCUGUGAGGGCCGGCGCCGUCGACGCCGCGUACCUCAGGUUCCAGCAGAUGCCUGCGGAUGGGUGCCAGCCUGACUGCUUCACAUACAACACUCUCGUCCAUGGGGUCUGUCGGCGUGGGAUCAUCGACGAGGCGCUCCGGCUGGUGAGGCAGAUGGAGGGAGCGGGGAUCAGACCGAAUGUGUUCACGUACACGAUGCUGGUCGACGGGUUCUGCAAUGCCGGCAGAGCAGAGGAUGCGGUUCAGUUGUUUAGCAUGAUGAAUGAGAAGGGCGUGUCGCCGAAUGAGGCCUCAUACAGGGCGUUGGUCCAUGGUGUGUUCCGGUGUUUGGGGAGAUACAAGGCGUAUCAGAUGCUGAGUAAGUGGCUAGGCCGCGAGCCACCUCCACACCCAAGUGCAUGGCAUACUAUGCUCUACUGCUUAUCGAAGAACGAGAUGGCCAAAGAGGUAGUUGAGGUCGUGAAGAAGAUGAACAACAGGGGUUAUUUCCUCGACAAUGUGACGUUUGGCAUUGUGGUCUCUUGUGCCAUGAAGUGCCUGGAGUUGAGUAGUCUGUGCGAGCUUCUUGAUGAUUUCGUAAAGAAAGGUGGGAAUCCUGCAUUUGAUGUCUACGUCAUGGUUAUCAAAUCCUUACUAGUAGACUGCAAAAGUUCUUCAAAGGCUAAUCAGUAUUUAGAGCGCAUGGUUUCGGAUGGGCUCUUGUCCAGUGUGUCAUCCUAUAACAUGGUCAUAGAUUGCUUUGUCAAGGCAGGUGCAGUGGAUAGGGCAGUGGAGAUCACAGAACAGAUGCGAUAUAAAGGUUCCCUUCCUAACCUUGUGACCUUUAAUACACUGCUGGGUGGUUAUUCAAAGUUAGGGGAUGUACAUAAUGCAAAGGCUGUUCUUGAGAUGCUUAUGGAGCAUGGGUUCAUGCCAGAUAUCAUUACCUUUACCUCCCUCAUUGACGGGCUAUGUCAUACCCAUCAACUGGAUGAUGCGUUUGAUUGCUUCAAGGAGAUGACAGAGUGGGGCGUUAGACCAAAUGCUCAUACUUAUAAUGUACUGAUGCGUGGGCUUUGUUCAGCAGGGCAUGUUAACAAGGCUAUUGAUCUUCUUAGUAAAAUGAAAAUAGAUGGUAUUACUCCUGAUGCAUACUCCUUCAAUGCCCCCAUUUUGAGUUUCUGCAAAAUGCAGAAAGUAGAUAAAGCUCGGAUUGUUUUUAAUGCCAUGCUGAGAUUAGGUGUUGUUCCUGACAGUAUUACAUGCAAUACCCUGAUUAAAGCUUUUUGCGAUGAAAGAAGAGUUGACGAGGCCAAAGAAAUUCUACUUGCAACUGAGUCUAGUGGCUCUAGUGUGACCGAUCAUCACUCAUACUGGCCAAUUGUUUCCGCACUUACUAAAAGGGGUCAAUUCUGUGAGGCAGGACAGUUGAUGAACAAAUAUCACACCAGAAAUGUUCAAUUGGGUUGUGGUUCUAAUCGUACCACAGAGCCUGAUAUUGAUGUCCGAGUUGUCAAUGUGUGAAUGCGAGUUGGUAUCUAGAUGCUAUUUGAUACAUGAAUGAUGCCCUCUGUUGCAGUGAAGGGUGCAAAGCAGUAUCAUCUUUACUAAGGAAGGAUAUGGUGGCUGGGUGCUUUUAAAUCUGAAAGUCUUUGCAGAAGAAGUCGAUGAAGAAGUGAAAGUACUCAUCACUACUACGUCAUCAGAAGUUUAACCAGAUGGAAGGCACUGGGCGGCCAGGAGCGGGGUGCAGGGCGGCGACAAGCUAUGCAGACGAUCAUAUGCUGGGCGGCGACGAGCGACGCGCCGGCCCGACCGUGGCAACCAGCGUGGUGGGGUACCCCUGGUGGCCCAAGUGGGCACUGUCCUUGAGUCCGCCCCGCUUAUGUGGCCUGGCCUCUACGCCGUUUGGGCCGUUUUAGCGGCGGACGAAGCGGAUGUCCGCCUCUGCCUGCAUCGCGAGUCCUCAGUAAACAUGUAACACCAGGGGCAACAUUUCUGUAAUUAUGCGUAUUGUUUGUUAGAGGCUUAAAGUUGCUCAGGUGCAAAUUUGGCCAUGGAGAGUUGGAGACAGCCAUGCUUUGUUUACAGAAAUUAGGACAACAAAAGUUCUUUGGUUUUGUCAGCUACCUAUGCCCUUGCAUAUUUCGUAGCGACUUUGUAGUGGUAACAAUUAACAUAACACCCAGUCACCCAGUACGGCAAUGCUCAACUUUAGUUGCACUAGCUUCUCUCAACUUCUAAUCGAAGAUGUAUUCAGAAUUGUUCA